UUCAGGCCUACACCACAUAUUCUGCUCAUUCCUCGGAAUAUCUCGAAACCGCCAUUAAACGGUGAACAGAAGUUUAUUUUCAGAUAAACAGACAGAGAGAGAGAUGGCUCUGGGGAACUGUCUUCAAGUAAGUGGUAUUUAUGCUGCCAAAACCAGUCUCCUGCAACGUUGCCAUCCAUUAUCUUCCACAGAUAAGCUUCACUUGCUGGCUUGUAAGGGACUUGACAAACCCAAUUCGCUAUCAUUUUCAUCUCAUUCUUUUUCAUCAAGAGGAAGAUCUCAGAGGCCUCGCAUUGUCUGCAAAGCUCGUGAAGCCAUCGCUGAAGUUCAAGUGGUGACAGACUCAACCUGGGAUAGCGUUGUGAUUGCAAGCCCAGUUCCAGUACUUGUGGAAUUUUGGGCACCAUGGUGUGGACCAUGCAAGAUGUUAAUACCGGUCAUUGAAGAACUGGCAAAAGAAUAUGCAGGAAAGAUCGUCUGCUGCAAGGUCAACACAGACCAAUGUCCAAACAUCGCCAGAACAUAUGGAAUAAGGAGUAUACCAACUGUUAUUUUCUUCAACAAAGGAGAGAGAAAAGAAAACAUUGUUGGUGCUGUCCCCAAAGCCAACUUGUCAGCCUCAAUUGAGAAGUACCUAGAGAGUUGAAAAAAAAGGGUGGACAAACUGUAUUUUCCUUCAAUUAAAUUAAAUGACAUCAAAUUAUUUUCUUGGGUA